GGAGAAGGCUUAAACAUAAAAUUGAAGAUGAUGCAGAAGUAUUCUUCAAGAGAAUAAAGGAAUCACUUUCUCCAAGUAAUCUUGCAAAGCAAAGAAUUGGCAACAUGGAACAAAGUUUGAAUGCAAUCUAUUUGAAUCAUUGUCCAGCUGAUGCCUCUGGAAAUUCUGUCAGCCUUCAACAUCAUAUCUUUGUGACCUUCCUUGAUGACUGCGAGACAAUAACACCAGAAGAUGUUGACUAUGCCUUUGUCAGGGCAGCAGCUGAAUCAAUGUCAAUGGUACAUGCCAACGAAGAUGCGAGGAGAGAGGCAUUCAAGACAUUGUAUUGA